AUGUUGAAAAUUAAAAGUGAUCCUAAUUCAAUGGGCAAAGAUUACUUUCUCGAGGAUGGGAUCGUAGUACGGACAAUCGUUGAUAAAAUUUAUGACACUUUUUAAUUUAAUUUUCAACCAACAUCGUUAGUUCGUAAACAGUCGGGGUAGUAAACGCAGUUUAGUUGUUUCAAGCAUAUGAAAAAGAAAUAGUCGAGGAAGAAGUUGAGUGGAAUAACGUCGAGGUUCAAUCGCCAUCAACUAUCUCAAUUCGUCUCGUGGCUUUUUUUCCUCUCGUGUAACGGCAAAAAUCACAAACAGGCCGCGUCUAUCGAGAUAACGGGCGAGAUGGCGGACCAAGUGCAAGGUUCUGCACGCUGCACGCUGCCACUUCUGGUCACGACUUUCCCAACAUUAGCUUCGAUUCAGAAUCACACGGAUGGGAGGGAACGGGGACUGGGAGCUGCGGCGGAUAGAGUACCGGAUUGA